CAACGGGUCUGCACUUGGUCUAGUCACUUUUAAAUCUGUCGCACUGGUAUGUGUGUAGUGAAAUCAGUACCAAACAUGCGGGCCCUUGAUAAAAACAACCAUUUCAUCAUACACUCUGGUUAAAAUUUAAUACAGGUCUCCACCCCUCUACUUUGCUCAAAUACUAUUGCAACACCAUUUCCAUUUUCUAGUCUGCAAAAGGACAUGAUAAUGCAAGUACACUCUGGAAGCACCGCUGUAGCAAAGAAGACUCUGUUAAAGGUUUGGUACAAGAAAAUAUACAGUUAUUAACCAAAGGGAUUAAUCUGCAUUGAACAGCAAAAGAAUGAAGAGUCUAAUAUAUCUUGUUUGCUUUACGGUGGGUUUAUCUGAAUUUCUUUCACAAGAUAUUGAAGCCUGUUUGGAAAGUAUUUAUGAUGGUCUGGACUUCCCGGGGGAUGACAUCCAUCAGUCUGUCGUGGAGGAUGAACACAUUUGUCAGAGUAAAUGUACAGAGGAGCCCAGCUGUCAGUUUUUUACCUUUGUAAAGAAAGAAUUUCACAAUGAAGAACAGCGUUACUUCUGCUACCUCAAAAACAAUAUGGAAGGAACUCCAUCAAGAAGAACAAUUCUUUGGGGUGUUAUGUCAGGAUUUUCUUUAAGGCAAUGUGAGUUCAAUGACACAGGAUGUGAGCAAAAGCUGGCUGUAAACAUGGAUUUUCCUGGAAAUGAUAUCAAGUCAGUUCUUGCCCCAGACGCCAACUAUUGUCAAAAGUUGUGCACCGAGCAUAGAAGAUGCCAGUUUUUCACCUAUUUGACAAGAGACUGGAACAAGGACCAACGAAGAUUUUAUUGUUACCUUAAAAAGAACAAGGAAGGGGCUCCAACCACUAAAGCAGAAUUACAGGAUGUUAUCUCAGGCUAUUCCCUGAAACAGUGCAAAACAUACAGUUCUUGUUUUACAACCAUUUUUGCGGGUCUGGACUUCCCAGGCAAUGACUACCGCCAGCACCUAGUGGAGGACGAGCACAUCUGUCAAAGAGAAUGUACCGAGGAGCCAGACUGCCAAUUUUACACCUUCGCAAAUGGGUUAUAUCAAAACAGUCGACAGCGCUACAUUUGCUAUCUCAAAAAGAGUGAACGAGGAACUCCACGAAGAAUAACAAUUCUACAGAAUGUUGUAUCUGGAUUUCCUUUAAGAGAAUGUGGGGUCAAUAAAUCGGUUUCAGAAUGUAGAACUGAUCUUUCUGAAGAUGUAAAUUUCCCUGGAAAUGAUAUCACUUGGGUCCUGGCACCUGAUGCAAACUUCUGUCAAAGAAUAUGCACUUAUCAUCCUCAAUGUUUAUUCUUCACAUUUUUGAAGAAAGAAUGGAACAUUGACCAAAGAAGAUUUUACUGUUAUUUAAAACAAACUGCAACGGGAGCACCGUCAAGGAUAACAAAGUUACAAAACGUCGUAAGUGGGUUUUCCCUCAAAUGGUGCAAGAAUCAGAUAAGUCCCUGUGUUUCUGAUGUCUAUGAGGGUGUGGAUUUUCUGGGGGAAGACUUCCGUUAUUCUGAUGCAAUAAACUAUCAGGAUUGCCAACAACAGUGCACAAAUGAUCGUAAUUGCCAGUUCUUCACAUAUGUAAAUCAAAGUUAUUCGGAAACGUUUCGACGUCAGAUAUGCCACAUGAAAAAGAGUAUAAAAGGAAUUCCAAGUAGAAUUCAUCUUCUCAACAAUGUUGUGUCUGGAUUUUCCUUAAAGGAAUGUGGAUUAUCAAGUCAAGCUUGCAGAAGAAGGCUUUUACAGAAUGUUGAUUUCCCUGGGAAUGAUAUUAAACAUGUACUGGCUCCUAGUGCUGAAACAUGUCAAUUGAUUUGCACAUACUACCCCAAUUGUUUGUUUUUUACAUACGUAAACAAUAAAUGGACAAAGGAUUCCAGGAAAAAUUGGUGUUACUUGAAGAAAACAGAAUCAGGACUUCCUUCCUCCUCUACGCCUUUAAGUGAGGUGGUGACUGGUUAUUCACUGCGAAGUUGCUCAGACAUUCCUGGUUGCGAAUCCAAGGUUUUUCAUAACAAAUCAUUUGAAGGGAAAAUACUCCAAGUUAAGCAACUUGGGAGCCAUGGGGACUGUCAAAACAGCUGCACAGAUCACAGACAUUGCCAAUUUUUUACCUUCGAAGAAACCUGCAAUCAGGAAAUGUGCAAUUGCUAUUUACAAAAGACCGAUAAUGGACUACCAUUAAAAAUAGAUGAAUCUAUUGGAGCUGUUUCUGGUUUUUCUUUGAGGCUUUGUACAAUGAACACCACGACCUGUGGGCAAGUCAAUCAACUAAAACCAAGAGUCUACGGUGGAACUGAUUCUCUUCCUGGUGAAUGGCCAUGGCAAGUCUCGAUCCACUUUGGCCAAAAGGGUGAAUUUAGACAUGUCUGCGGUGGAUCCAUUAUAUCUAGUCUUUGGAUUAUCACAGCUGCUCACUGCUUUGAAAGGAAUUUGGAUCUUGAUACAUGGAGAAUAUACGCUGGUAUAACAAAAUUAUCUGAUGUUUCCAAUGAAAUCGCUUUCCACCAAAUUGAGAGGGUAGUCAUACAUGAUGAAUACAGUUCUGUGACUGACGGUUAUGACAUCGCUCUCCUCAAACUCAAGCAAGAUAUAGUCUUUACUGAUUAUCAAAUGCCAAUAUGUCUUCUGACUUCAGAAGAGCAAGUACCGUUGAGAAACCAGUGUUGGAUAACAGGUUGGGGAAGAACAGAGACUGGUAAAAUAUCUCAAAUUCUUCUGAAAGCGAAUGUUCCUGUAAUAGAUGAUAAGAAAUGCCAAUCAUAUUAUUCCGACAAUAUUUUAACGGAAAAUAUGAUGUGUGCUGGCAAUGAAGAUGGCAAAAUUGAAUCAUGUCGGGGAGAUUCAGGAGGUCCUUUAGCAUGCAAACAUGAAGGUAAAUGGUACUUGGUUGGAAUUACAAGCUGGGGCCAUGGAUGUUCUCAGGAAGGAAAACCUGGGAUAUAUACUCGUUUAUCAACAUUUAACACUUGGGUGAACAAAAUAAUUUCAGAAGAAUUUCAGCAUCGUGUGGAAGGUGAGAAACAAUUUCCAUAGGAUGAUUGGCUUAUCGUAAAACAUUGCUUCCUGUCUGUCGUCUACGAGGAAGAAAAUCUCCAAAACAUAAUAAGGAUCUGCAUUAUUAUUUCCAAAAUGCCUGAAAGCAUCAAUAAAGUUUAUUUCUCAAUUUUCUGUAAUGGUGAUGGAAUUAAAAACAAAUGUAUGAUUUGCUAA